AUGGGGGACGACCCUCUCAAAAUAAAUACAUCUCUUGGAAACAAUUUUAGUUCUAAAUGUCUGGUCACAUUACAAUUUACAAGAUCAGAGACAACAAACAAUUCGCUUGAUCUUAAAAGAGAUGAAACUUUGGCACAAGCCGAAAUUUCUGUUCAAGCGGUGAUUUUUGUGCUAGCUGUGUUUGGGAAUGCGACAGUUUUGGCAGUUUUACUGCCAAGAAAAAGAACCCGGAUGUAUUUAUUCAUGAUGCACCUGAGUCUCGCAGAUCUCUUUGUUGCCUUCUGUAAUGUUCUACCUCAGCUCAUAUGGGAUAUUACAUAUGUCUUCAUAGGAAACGAUUUCCUAUGUCGCCUUGUGAAAUACUUACAAAUUGUCGUCAUAUAUGCAUCGUCGUACAUAAUGUUGAUGUCGGCCGUGGACAGGUACAUUGCAAUUUGUCAUCCUCUUUUGAGUCAUAAGAUCCAUUCCGGAAGAGUUCAUCUGAUGGUACUCUGUGCCUGGAUUUUAUCUCUCAUUUUGCCAUUACCACAACUCUUUAUAUUUUCAUACAGAUUGAGGAAAGAUGGGCAGUACGAUUGCUGGGCCACGUUUGACCCGGACUGGACACUUCAGCUUUACAUCACAUUCUUUACCGUCACCGUGUAUUUUUUACCUAUUACUAUAUUAGCAUUGUGUUAUGGCCGGAUUUGCUAUGUUGUAAUUAAACGGAGCGGUAGAAAUCAGCUUAUCUCAAACAGAAAAACGUCUCGUAAUUCUACUUGUCGUUACAGUAUUCACGGACGAGACAUGCAAGCCACUGUUAAGUUAAAUAUAAAAGUGGACAAUUGUCGGAGGAAUGGUUUUUCUCGCGCCAAAAUAAAGACUGUGCGAUUAACGUUAGCGGUGGUGUUUUGUUACUUCCUAUGCUGGACCCCUUUCUCCUUGUUCCAAAUGUGGGCCGCUUAUGAUCCCUCGGCACCGUACACAAGUCAGGCCUUUGUUAUCAUCUUACUGCUUGCAAGUUUAAACAGCUGUACGAAUCCCUGGAUCUACCUCGCAUUUAGUGACGGCAUGAUGGACAGAAUACGGCGCUGGGUAUUUCAUAACCCACCGCCUUCUCAUUACGUCCUCAAUGGAUUUCCAAAUCAAACAACAACAGAGGGCAUCCUUUGAAGAAGAAAAACGUUUAUCGCAUGUACAAGUAUAACUAGACAGUCAUUAAUAUGUAGGUGCUGGUCAAUCCCUAUAAACGUAAUGAGAGUUUGUGUGAAACCUAUUUCGUAACAGUACAUGGCUCACCUUUGUCUAUGUUUUCAUUGUAGAAUGUAAAGUUGCGUGGAAUUACAUUUUGCUGCAAAAACUUAAUGUUACUCUUCGGAAAACCAUUUAGUCAAAUACAACACCUGGCACUAGUUUCCUUGAAGUUAUGUUUAAACUCUUAAUUCAUG